CCUCCUAUUUCAAGCCCGAUGUGGCCGGUGCUGACGCUCUCUUUUGUCUACCGCACAGCAAGGGUCAAGGCAGCUUUUUCCACGCUUUCCUCCAAAAGAAUUAGCGGCUCUUUAAUUUCCAAGACACCCAAUUGUCCCUCGAGAAUAUUCACUAGUAACAUGGCCAGCCAGCCGUUCACAGCAGUCGAGCGAGGAGCGCCCAAUUCAUUCGACUACCGUAUUUAUUUCCGUGAUGCAAAUGGACCCAUCUCGCCAAUGCAUGACAUUCCCCUGUAUGCUGAUGAAGCCAAUAAAAUUUACAACAUGGUCGUUGAAGUGCCCAGAUGGACCAAUGCAAAGAUGGAAAUUAGCCUGAAGGAAGUUUUGAACCCCAUCAAGCAGGACAUCAAGAAGGAGAAGCUGAGAUUUGUGGCCAACUGCUUCCCUCACAAGGGCUACAUCUGGAACUACGGGGCACUCCCGCAGACCUGGGAGAACCCUGAGGUGCUGGACGCGUCAACCGGCUGCAAGGGCGACAACGACCCCAUUGACGUGAUGGAAAUUGGUCAAAGGAUCGCCAAAAGGGGGGAGGUGCUGCAGGUCAAAGUGGUGGGCUGCAUUGGGCUCAUCGACGAGGGCGAAACUGACUGGAAACUUGUUGCCAUUGAUGUGAAUGAUCCCCUGGCUGAGCAGCUGAAAGAUAUUGCUGAUGUUGAGAGGCUCUGCCCGGGCUUGCUGAAAGCCACUGUUGAAUGGUACCGCAUCUACAAGAUCCCUGAUGGCAAGCCAGAAAACAAAUUUGCCUUCAACGGUGAGGCAAAGAACCGUGAAUUCGCCACUCACGUCAUUGAAGACGUCCACAAAUUCUGGCAGUCACUGCAUAGCAAGGAGGCGGACGCUGGCGGAAUUUCGCUCUCAAACACUACCGUGGAAAGCAGCACAUUCAAGAUGGACCUGGUGGCUGCUGAAAAGGUUAUCAACGACAGUCCACCCCUGGGAGAGCCUCAGCCCAUUGAUCCAAUUGUUGACAAGAGUCAUUACAUCCGGCUGAAGUAAAUCAUUACUUUCUAUGGAUGAAACGAAAUUCAACUGAAUUGUUUUUGCGCACGUUGAAAUAAAGAAAAGUCGCACAUUA